UGACCCCUUAACCUAAUUGUACUUUGUCCCUAAAUGUUGUGUGUUCUUAACGGAAUUUAAGCAAUGAACUGCCUUGGGUGUUCCCUGGGCGCGGCUCAUCCUGCAGUCUGAAAUGUUGUAGCUUUAAUAUUUUUAUUUUUAUUUGCCCAGGACUGUCUGUGAUGAGCCGAGCCCCGCUGAUAAGCUUUGUCGUCUCAAAUGCCCUUGCAAAGAUUAGAAAUUGUCUCUGUAGUUUCGAUUGUUUAGUUUCGAAUAUUUUAUGUCUUUUUAUGUGAUUCAUCUUAAGCAGUAUUCAAUUCGGAAAGUACGCAAAAUGAUUUAUAAACAAAGAGUUGAUAGUAACAAAGAAAUGAAAUGAUAGUAGCUUUAAGCAGUUAAUGCAGGAGUAUAAGUAGAUAGGUUUUCUCAAAGAAACUAAACUCCCCAACAUGACAAUACUUUAAAAGUCAAAUAAAAACUCUGAACAAAAAAGAAGAAAAAUAUAAAAUACCAUAAAAAUAACACUACUAAACACAACGACGAACACAGAAUGGAUGAGGAUGAUUUUGAUUACCUGCCGCGUGGGAACACCAACAGAUUGAGCGUACCAAAUGACCCGGCCUUACUAGCCGUGUAUGAGCUCUACAAGACUCCCCUGACUGCCCAUCGUCAACUCGUUUCCGAGCACAACCGGGAUACCUUCGCCGAGGCACUGAAUGGCUCCGGCCAAGUGCCCACUUUGUCGGAUCUAUGCGUUCGGCAGCUGGCGAAGUGUGGCAAUGCUCACGUGCCCGCUGCUGUGCGCAAGGACCCGCUGAAGAUGCGCAUCCACUACGAUUCGCUGGACGUAGAACUGCCCCUGCGUGAGUGCUACUACGUGGAGGAUGUGAGCUACUGGAGGCGCGUGGUGCUGGCCAAGUGUUCGGACACUUGUCUUGUGAUGAAGGGCUUAAACGAUUACGAUUGGCGCGGCAAGGGAUUGAGCCUUAAGUACGUGGAGCUGGUCGAGGCCUGCCCUGCCGCCCUCUGGCCAGAGCAGGAGAUGUCCCAGCUGGCCGAGCUGAUUCAGGAUCACGUGCGCUCCAUGGACAUUCGCCAUCUGCAGUCGCUGACGGAGUAUGCCUUCCGGAAGGUGGGACACGAGGAGGACGACUCGGAACCAGACAUCACCUCCGAGGAGUCCGUUGGGAUUCAAAUAUCCAGCGAUGAGCCUAUGACCCCGCAAGAUGGUGUCGAGGAGGAGGGCGAGGAGGAGGAGCGUGGCUCGCACUCUCCCUCGGUGCAAUCAAAGGUCAUUGGCUUCAACACAAAGUUUAUGGUCGACUUCUCGGACGACGAAGAAGCCUCCGGCGGUGAGCGGCGAAAGCGUCGGCAGGAAAGGAAUGCCGCCCGCCAGCGGCUGAGAGAUCUGAAGGCCGCCAAGGAGGCGGAGCACGAGGAGCGGCGGCGUCGACGCUCUGAGGCACGGAAGUCCAAGGAACCUGAACCGCGCAAGAAGAGGAAGCGAAAACAGCGCAUCGAAGGCACCUUCGACAUCCGAGUGGAGCCAGAACCGAAUGACGGUGAGGACAAGGUGAUGGACAUGCGCAACAAGCAGCGCUAUCUGCGGCAUCUGCAGCAAAUAAAUUUUUCGGAGGAUGACUGCACCCACAUCGAUCUCAGCUUCGUGCGCCACUUUGUCAACCUGGUCUCACUGAACCUGGAGUUCCUGGGCCCAGCUGUGGGCAGGGACUACCACCAGCGGCACGCGCUAUUCUCGAUUAAGGACAUGGUUCGCCUGGCCCGUGGAUUAGCAGCUCUGACGCAGCUCCAAAUUUUCCGGCUACGCAACAGCCGAUUAAAUAACUUUAAGCUGUAUACUCUGUGCCGAGCUCUGCGAUUGCUGCCCCAGUUGGAGGUGGUGGACUUUGGCUACAAUCAGAUGACCGACGAUUGCGGCCCCGAACUGGGAAUCCUGCUGGAGCGGCCCCACAUGCUGAAGUCCCUCGAGCUGGAAUACAAUCGUUUGGACUCGCGCGCCAUGGCAGCCAUUGGCGAGGCACUGCAGCGACCAAGCGUAACCAGGCUGGAGUAUCUGGGAUUGGCCCACAACAAGAUGAGCGGCGAUUCGCUGGCCAUCCUGUGUAAUCGCAUCAAGGGCACCGAGCACGUGGAGGAGCUAAAUCUGUCGGGGAUCGACGCCAGUCCUCGCACCUUUGUGGACGAAAUCAGUGAGCUGGUGCGUCAUCAUGAUCCGCUUCGCCGGCUCACAAUGGUGGCCAUUCCCUUGGGCUACAAGCUGGGCACCAGAUUGAUCUGUGCCCUAAGCGCCAACAAGAAUAUAAUCCAUUUCGAUUGCCGUGACUGCGAUUUGGAUGAGGACGAAGAGCUGGAUGCCGAUAUAAUAGUUAGGCGGAACGCCUCCUUCAGUGAAUACACCUUCAUUUCGGAUACUGAGCGUUUCCCCAGCAUGACCGAUGUGCUGGAGUACGCGAAGACGCUGAAGCAUCCGAUGGUGCAAAGGAUCGAGGACGACAUGGCGAGGAGGAAGGAGUGCAUCCGACACUAUCCGCCACCAAUGCCCAGUGUCCUCAGUUUAAGGCCACAGACACUGGUGGUGGAGGAGUCGGAGUACGACAUUUGGAAGGUGCUCGGCAUCACCACAAAGGCGACCACGAUUGCAACUCCACCUGAAGAGAUGGUGAGGAAGGCGAGUUCAUCUUCGGUACUCAACAAGGAACCAUUUAUUUACGAACCCAACGAAUUUACCCUGGACGAGUUUCGAGAGCACGUAUAUCUGGCCGGGCCAUCGAAUAGGCACUCCUACUUUGUGAAACAAAGACAAUCGGUCCUAUAACCUUUUCGGGGAUUAUUAUUACCCACCAAAAUUCAAUGUUAUCAUAGCUCUAAAUAUAGGAAAUAAUAAUAGUGGAACUUUAAGUCGCACUGGAAUGCAAGGAGUGUAGAAAAUGUAAAUGAAAUACAACAACACAUAACAUAUUAAAUAUAUAAUUUUUUUUAA